AUGUUUAAUGCAUCAUCUUCCUCAUCUUCUUCGUCAUGGAUUAGCUCACAACAAGAAGAGCCAUCAACAUCUACCAAUCAAAGUUGGUAUCCACAGCUAGAGCAACAACAAAAGCAUCACCACCAUCAUCAUCCCAGCGAAGAUUGCAGAGAUUGUAAGAUCUAUAGAAACACCAGAUGCUUCAAUUGUGAUACCACAACCACGCCAUUAUGGAGACGUGAUGAUGAUGGCAACAAUAUAUGCAAUGCCUGUGGUCUCUAUUACAAAUUACAUAAUGUACAUCGUCCUCUGUCCAUGAAAAGAACAAUCAUUCAUAGACGAAAAAGAGUUCACAUGGCGAGAAAGUACUCUCAGCAAGACCAUUCACCUCCACAUCAGGCACCCCAUCCCAGAUCUCCUUUGACUUUUCACAAUCAAGAUCAACUGUUUGAUCCAUACAAUAGACGGAAUAGUAGCCAUAGCAUGUCCUCUGUAAACUCUUUGGAAGCAACGACACAGCCGCUUGAUAUUCCAGCUUCAUCAUCGACCACAGAAAGGCGUCGUUUAUCGUUCCAGUUGUCUCCCAUUCAUGACUCAACAUCGCCUCCUACUACAACAGAAUCCUUACCCAAUCUUCGGUCUUUUAUGACUUUGCUGAUUCAGGAAGAAGCACAAAAGCAGCAGCAGCUGCAACAACAACAACAACAACAACAACAAUUGCAUUUUAAUGGCAAGAAGCAUCGGAAUAGCUCAAGUAGCUUGACUGAUUUGAUGCCAGCCGCGAUUUCUUCGCCCUCCACCACAACGGCAUCUUCUGAUAGUACUGCUGUAUCUACCACAGCCGCACUGGCAAGCAUGUUGUUGCUUGAACCCGCAAAGUUUUGCAGAGCUCUUUCUACACGAAGAGAUCAACUCCAAGCAGAGAUAGAGAGCAUCAAUGCUCUGUUGUCUCAAUCCACGUCCAUGCUGAAUAGUAAUUUGGCACAACAAGCGCAACGGAUGACCAUCAAUGAACCCUCUACGCAUAAUAAUGUACUCAUAGACUCUCUACUUGAAGCUAUACGACUCAAUGCCAAGAAACAAAUACCAUCAAUUGUUCCAGAAGAGUCGGAUAUACCUACCUCGUCCUCAGCCCAAGCAACUACUUCCUCCACUGCAAAUACAAAUACGUUUCAAAGCUCAUUCAAUCAUCCUUGA